AUGUCGGUGACAGCAGGUGUUAGUGAUACAGUAAUAGCUGUAAGGGAUAAGCUUAGAGGUAAAAUUGGCCAAACAAAAGUGAAGCGUUAUUGGCCCGGUAAAGUUCCCGAAUGGGCUGAUGAGGAGAAUGAAGAUGGUUCUGGUGAUAUUAGGUCCACCAGGGAAGCUGCUUUGGAUAAAGUGUUUCCUCGGCACGAAGAAGAUACUGCUAUUGUUAGGAAAGAUGAUCGUAGGCUUCGGAGGUUGGCUGAGAGUCGGAUAGAUAAUAGGGAGGAAGUUAGGGCGGAUCAUCGGAGGAUUCGGCAGGCGGAAAUUGUUUCUACUAUUGAGGAGGAGGCGAGGAGGCAGGAGGGGUUGGAUUUGGAAGAACAAGAUGAGGAUGCUAUGGCGGAGAGAAGGAGAAUGCUUAAGGAGAAGUUGCUUCAGAGGGAACAAGAGGAAGCUCUUCCUCAGGAAGAGGAAGAGGAGGAGGAGGAAGAAGAGGAGGAAGAGGAGUCGGAAUAUGAGACUGAUUCUGAUGAGGAAUAUACUGGAGUAGCUAUGGUGAAGCCUGUGUUUGUUCCCAAGUCGGAGAGAGAUACCAUUGCGGAGCGUGAGCGUCUUGAAGCUGAAGAGGAGGCUCUUGAGGAAGGAAGGAAAAGGAGAUUGGAGCAAAGGAGGAUUGAGACGAAGCAGAUUGUUGUUGAGGAGAUUCGGAAGGAUGAGGAAAUCCAGAAAAAUGUUGAAUUGGAGGCAAAUAUUGCUGAUGUGGAUACUGAUGAUGAAAUCAACGAGGCAGAGGAAUAUGAAGCUUGGAAAGUGAGAGAGAUCGGUAGGAUCAAGAGGGAUAGAGAGGAUAGAGAGGCUCUCUUGAAGGAAAAAGAAGAGGUUGAGAGGGUGAGGAACAUGACAGAGGAAGAAAGGAGAGAGUGGGAAAGGAAGAAUCCAAAACCUUCUCAAUCGUCAAAGCAGAAAUGGAGAUUUAUGCAGAAAUACUAUCACAAGGGUGCUUUCUUCCAGUCUAAUUCUGACGAUCGAGCUGCCACUGCCGGAACUGACAAUAUUUUCACGCGUGAUUUCUCAGCACCAACUGGGGAAGAUAAAAUGGACAAGACGAUAUUACCUAAGGUUAUGCAAGUCAAGCACUUUGGUCGUAGUGGAAGAACUAAAUGGUCACAUCUGGUCAAUGAGGACACUACUGAUUGGAACAACCCGUGGACUUACAACGAUCCACUACGUGCAAAGUAUAACGAGAGAAUGGCAGCCAUGAAUGCACCUAUAGCAAAGCCUAAAGGAAGCAAAAAAUUGAAGGAUUGGGAAUCUCGAUGA